AUGGCAUUUUACGAUGAAGGCACAACAGACGCCCAAUUUCUACCUCGAGCGCUGGGGCCGCGCCGACCAAGACCUGUCACGGAUUACAGCUCGUCCCUAGUCCAAUGGAUGCGUGUGCGGCAACCGAAAUAUAAGGGAGGUAAUAGGUUAGAAUGGGAGCGACCCAGUGGGAGUUAUGCGGUGGAUAUGCUUCCCCCUUUCGCCGCAAUACAUUCUGCUGCAGCUACUAUUCCUGUUCGUCAUUUGCACCAAUCAAUCGGAAAGUCCAAAAAACCUAUUACAGUGGUGAGAUGGACGCCGGAGGGCCGACGUUUACUGACGGGGGGGCACACUGGAGAGUUUAUGCUAUGGAACGGCACUGCGUUCAAUUUUGAAACUGUUAUGGAUGCUCACUACGACCAAUAUCAGGCGGGCGUCACAUCGGCGGAAUGGUCGUAUAGCCACGACUGGUUGAUAUCUGGAGGACAGAAAGGCGAUAUUAAAUACUGGAGACCAAACUUCAACAACGUGGAGACUGUGGAUGAUGCGCAUCACGAUGCUGUGCGAGAUCUGGCGUGGUCCCCAAACGACACUAAGUUUUUGUCCGCGUCAGACGAUACCAUGCUUAAGAUUUUUGAUUUCAAUGCUAGAACGUGCGAAAUGGUUUUGACAGGACACGGUUGGGACGCGAAGUCGUGCGAUUGGCACCCAACAAAAGGCCUGCUGGUAUCAGGCUCGAAGGAUCAUCAAGUCAAAUUCUGGGAUCCGAGAACGGGAAGAUGCCUGACUACCCUCCAUAGCCACAAAAACACUGUCACAACAACGAAAUUUUCGCGAGUCAAUAAUAAUCUACUUGCUACUUCUUCGCGUGACCAAACUGGGCGAAUUUUUGAUUUGCGGAUGAUGCGAGAUAUCUGUAUCCUCCGAGGACAUGAGAAGCCAAUCUCUUCGCUGACCUGGCACCCUAUUCACAGUAAACUUGUGUCAACGGGAAGUGAAGAUGGGUCGUUAUACCACUAUUUAUUGGAUGAACCGAAUGUGCCAGCAGGACAGGCUCCCACCCUUGCUCCCUAUGAUACAACAGACCCAGCCAACACCCCCGCACAAACAAUAUUUCCUGCGCAUCGCAUACAAUUUGCGCACAGUUCGACCAUAUGGUCACUUGAUUGGCAUCCGCUUGGGCACAUCCUUGCCUCCGGGUCUAAAGAUAAUUUUACUCGGUUUUGGUCCAGGGCCCGACCUGGCGAGACCACUCAUUUGAAAGAUAGGUUCCACAUAGGCGAAGAAGCUGCAGAGGCCCAAGGGACAUGGAAUCGCGGAUUUGGCCGUCGACAGAUGCGGGAAGAAGAGGAGCAAGAGAUUCAAGACGAGGCCGAAGGUCUUGUGGACCAAAUACGGCCAAUGGAAUCCUUAUUGCCUGGAAUUCAAGCCAUGCCGCCUGCUGACGGCCUGCCAGGCUUGAUUCCUGGAAUAGGUGGCUCAUAUCCACCACCGCCGCCGCCACCGCCCCCAAUAGAUCUCGCGUCAUCGAUGCCACAUAUAGACCCUGGCCGCCUGGCCGCUAUGCUAUCCUCUGGAGCAAUACCCCCGCCUCCCCCACAAAAUCCGGGUCAGAUGCCCUUCUCACUGCCAGGCAUAAUGGGCGCCUUCCCGCCUAACCCCGCAUUUCCUCCGUUUUCUAACCAAAUGUUCCCUCCACAAUUCGCUCCUCAGCAGCCAAAAUAG